UUGAACUUGCCACAUCCAAAGACUAUUAUUAUGUCUCCUCGACGCGAACAACCACCUUUCACUAGAUCAGUUGGGAGGGGAAGAGGUCGUUUCCAACGUCGUCAGUUAGGUGCAAUAGAGGAGGAAUCGACUGCAUCCACCAUUCGGGCAGCACCUGCUGCUGAACAAACCGAGACUCCUCCACAUCCUCCACCUCCUCUGCCACUUACUAGUAUUCUUGCUAUGCCUCUUGAGGCAGUUCAGGCAUUAGCAGCCUUCUUUACUGCUAUUGCUGGCCAGGCUCAGGCUGGUCAAGCUCUUCCUACAGUUCCUCUGGCUGCUCCUUCAGUACCACCAUCCCCACCUCCUGUCCCACCACCAGUGCUGGAUGUUUCUGAUUCUAAGAAGCUUAAAGAGGCUAGGCAACAUAGUUGUGUUUCUUUUAUGGGUGAGUCGGACGCAACCGUGGCUAAAGAGGUGGUGCGAAUGGCUUUAAGAGCCGAGAAGCUUGCGAAUGAAAAUAAGAGUCUGCGAGCUGAGUUAGCAAAAAGGAGAAAUCUAAGUGUAUCUUCUAGUCAGCCACCAAACAGGGGCAAAAACUCCUCUGUUUCAGGAAGUUCACGUAGAUGCAGAAAUUGUGGGAAUUAUCAUGUUGGGCCGUGCAGAGGGCCUGCACGAUGUUUUCAUUGUGAUCAACUGGGUCACAUUAGGAGAGAUUGUCCACAGUUAGGACGGGCUACGGUAGCUGCUCCAUCUCCACCAGCUCAUACGGAUAUACAGAGGAGAGAUUCCUCUGGAUUGCAACCGAGACAGGGAUGAUUUUGACAUACCACCAAGGGUAGAUUAAAUAAGUUGAAAUUAGUGCUCUAAUAAAGUACGUAUGAUAGAAAGCUAGUUUGUAAGUUGUAGUUUUCAUGAUCAUGAAAUAUAUAAAGAUUAUCAAUAUA